AUGGAACAUUCGAUAGAUCGCACGACCUCUUGCUGGAGAUAUUUCGGUCAUUUCCCUUUCGUCAAGAACGGCGGCCGCUACAGUUCCUCGUGCGGCCACUUCGCGCUGCUUUUGCUCGUCGCGUUGGCCAGCUGCCUCUGUUCUCUUUGUUACUACGUUUUCGAGGAUUUUUCAAAUUUUCCUCCCGCUCAAUAUUCCAAUUUGAUCCUAGGCUUGUUCCUCAGAGACCUGUUAACGCUCUAUUCUUGCUUCGUAUUCUGCUUCAGGUCAGCCGAACUGAAGCACUUGAUGGAGGGCAUUGAAGAAGUUGGCAACAUGAUCAGCGCCGAGGAAGCGGGUCUCGCCAAACGAUUCCGACCAAGGUGGAGGUACAUCGGCCACUUGGCGUACGUCUCGAUCUCUCUGGCGUACGAGAUGAUCGUCAACACGUCCCGAUGGUCUCUUAUAAUGACCUAUUACGUCGGCAGGAUGUUCUGGACACUACGCGUACUCCAGCUGAUGGAUAUGUUGCACUUCUUCAGCAUGUGCUUCCUACAGCUGGAGCGGAUGGUCUCCCAUAGUCGUACCGUUUCAGAACUCCACUGCCUUAUCGAUUGCUACGAGAAGUUGUGCAACCUCAUGUCCACUUUCCAUGAACUCUUCGGGUUGAGCCUUCUUCUCAUUUUCAGCCACCUCUUUGUAUUCAUCGUGUCCUACAUAUGUAUGGCCGUCGGGUAUCAGUUCUUCACUACCAUUAACUGGGAGAUCAAUGUAUUUACAUUUCUAACGUUGCCAAUAUUCAUACUUCAACUCGUUCGGCCAUGUUCAAAGACGAGCGAAUCGGUGAGUUCAUAA